GAAAACAACUGCUGAGCUUCUUAGAGAAGACUAAAGUCCAGAACGGUAGAUUGUUGCUAAUGAUACCCGUAUUCAAUUUUUAUGAAUUCAAGACCAAAACGUGCACUUCUCAACGACACUUUUACAGCGUGGAUCAUAAAAGAUUUGUCUUGAGGAUCGUCGGAAAAAAAAUAUUCAAGAAAGUGCGAGAUGGCUGCAAUUAAUAAUGCAGACCCUCUUGGUGUUACAAAUGGUAUGAAAAAGGAAGCCACAUCAAACACAACACCAACAAAAUCACAGGGAAAAUCACAGCUUGAAUCACUCCCUAAAGAAGACCUUAUAAAAUACGUCAGGAAACAACUUGCUCUGUUAAAACAAACCAAAGCCAAGUGUGACGAGUUGACGUCGCAAUUAGCUGAUGAGAAAAAUGAGGUGCAGAGACUGGAAAAUGAAAAGAGAGAUUGGUUAUCGAGAGGAGUGCAUGCAGAGUUUGAGAAAAAAGACAAGAUUCUAAAGAAAAAUAAAGAACUUAAAAUGGCUGCCGAACUUGGAAAAAAGAUGCUUGAGGAAAAUGACGAUUUGCGGGGAAUGUACAAUGAAUUGGAGCAGGAACAUGAAAAUACAGUUAAAGAACUUGAAAAUGAGUUGUCAGCUGUUGUGAUGGAGAGAGAUGGACUUCAGCAAUCACUUAAAGUUUUACAAGAAGAAUAUCAAAGUGUUGUCAAACAGUCAAUGGAAUACAAAAAUGCUCUGGAACUACAAGCUAUUCAAGAAGACAAAGCACAAGAACAACUGCAGAAAGAUAAUCAAUCCUUGCUAGAGAAGAUUCAGGAACUUCAGCAAGAGAAAGAAAAAACACAGGAAACCCUUGUCAAAUUUGAACAAGACAACCGUAAUCUUUUAGAAAACUGCAAGGAGCUGGAAGAUAAGAUUGGAUUGCUAAACAACCAGGCAUCUGUGAGAAGUGAAGAUUCAGAAUCAUUGGCAUUGACAAAAGAGCUUCAAGCCAAAGUAGACAAGCUGAUGAAAGAAAAGGAGGAGCUUAUUAGAGCUGUUGAGUCAUCCUGUGAUUCCCAUACUGAGAGACAAGAGCAACACAUACAAGAUCUGAAAGAUCAAGUAGAGAAACUUGUUGCAGAAAGAAAUGAACUUCAAAGCAGAUUCAGUUGCCUUGUGCAGGAGAGGGGAGCAGAUCUUGGAAGGGAGAGCAUGGGUCAAGUUAUCAGAGAACAUUCUUUGAUGGAAAGUGAAGACCUUAAACACAAGAAUGAGCUGCUGAGAAGCGAUCUGGAACAUUCUAGAAUAGAAGUGGAGCACCUUAGGAAUGCGCUGGUUACCAUGCGUACAGAGUAUGAGGGUCGGGAAGCUGCUGCAAGGGAUAUUGAGGAAAAUUUAGAGACAGCUGUUAAAGAGUGUGAAGAGAACAAGUUUUACGUUAAGGAACUUGGGGAUCAGAUCAACAAGCUGAAAGCAGAGAAAGAAAAAGCGCUGAAAUCACUAAAAACACUUAAAGCUAGUCAUGACAGGCUGAAAAAUAAACUGAAAGAAAUGAGUUCCUCUCAGGAAGACUUGAGUAAGAUGUCAGUAAAGGACCUGAGAAAAACACUUUCAGUGAUUAAGAUCGAGAAGGAAGACAUUGAAACAGCUUUGAAUGACUGCAGAAGAGAAUUACAGCUAUUGGAAAAAAAGAACAAGGAAACGACAGAUGAAUUUGAGAAACUCUUUGUUGAGAAUGAAGUGCUGAAAGAUUCAAUCACCGGUCUUCAGCAGCAAUACAGAUCUGUUUCAGAAAAUCACGAGGCUGCAAAGAAACAAUUGGAAAAUGUUGUAUUUGAGAAGGAUGAACUCAGUCUGUCACUCAAGUCUCUCCAAGAAGAACACAACAAGAUAAUACAAGAAAACCAGGGGCUAAAAGGCCAACUCGAGGAUCUAAAUUCAGCUAUUGAGAGUCCACAAAACAUUGCAGCAGAACGUACACAGACCACUUCAGAAUCAACAAAACAGCCAAGUGACGAACAGGCAAAGCUCACCAAACAAAUAGAGGAACUAACAGCAGAGAGGACGAAGCUGGUGAAAACGCUCACUGUUCUGAGGGAAAAGUUUGAUGCAACUGUGGCGGAAAAUUCCAAGAGAGGCAACCUCAUCCAAGACUUGAAAGAAGAAGUUAAAGUUAAUUUCUUAGCAAACCAGGAACUUAAGAAACAAGUUGAAACAGCCGUUGAACUGGAGAAAAAACUUAAGGUGGAACUGAAGAAAAAGGACAAGGAUCUCAAAACAGCACAGGACGUAAACAAAGAUGGACAGAAACAACUGCAGUUUGCACAGAGCGAAAGAAACAAAGUUCAGAGUGCUUAUGAUGCACUGAAGAAGCAGUGGGAGGAAAAUUUUGUCUCCUGUGGUAAAGGCACCAAGGAAAAUGUGAAGAAGACUGAGAAACUCGUCGCAGAAAAGGAAAAGUUACGUAAGGCAUUGGACAGUACUAAAGAGGAACACAAUCUGUUGUCACAGCAAUAUCAAGAUUUGCAAGAACAGUUAAAGAAUAUGUCUCAGGAGAGAGAUGAACAUAAGAUCAAAGCAGAGUCGUUCGAAAAUCAUUUAAAGGAGGCAGACGAGGGAAAGAUCGCACUUAAUAAGGAAAUUACUGACACUAAAGAAGAAUUGGAGUCAGUGAGGAACGAACUGUCGCAGUUGAAAGAGAACCUUCAAGUCGAGCUUAAGGAAAAGGAGGAAUUAAGCUACGGAUUGGAUAACGUCACUCAAGAGAAGAAUAAUUUGCGGACUAGACUUCUAAGUUUGGAGGAUAGUGUUUCCUUUGCUGACAACGAAAUGAAAGUAUUCCAAGAUAAAAUAGAAGUAGUCACAGAAGAAAAAGCUGAAAUCGAAAACAAGCUGUCAUCCUUGAUGGAAUCCUCAGAAACAGAAAAGCAGGAGUUGAACAACAGACUGGAGAGAAUCGAGCAGGAAAAGAAAGAUCUGCUCAGUAACCUUUCAGUUUUGGAAGAGAAAAUUUCAUCGGCUGAAAAUGAUCGAAACAUGUUGCAAGACAGAUUGAAUUCGAUGUCGGAGGAAAAAAAUGGAAUGGAAAAUGAAAUGGCUUUGUUAAAGGAGUCUUUGCAAACCUCAGAAAAGGAAAAGCAGGAACUCUGGGAGCAGAUUAAGAGUUCCUCAUCAGAGGAUAGCAAGCUUCAAGGCAUGGUGGAGAGCUUAGAGAAAAUGCUCCAUGAUACGGAGAGCAAAUAUCAAGAACAAAACAGAAGUCUUCAGGAAAGCAAUCAGAAUCAAGAACAUUUACAGAGUAAGAUUUUGUCUUUGGAGGAGAUGACGAGAAACGGAGAGAGCAUGAACAAGGAGCUGGAGCAGUGCUUGUUGCAGAAAGAAGAAGAAUUGAGAUUAAUACAAAGUAAAGCUACGGAGAUGGAAGAUGAACUUCACGGAGCACUACAAGAAAAACAGGAACUUGAAAUGAAGCUCGCCGUCUUCCAAGAGCAGGCGACUGCCGCUGAAAACGUUUCUGAAACCUUUGAAGAGAAAGUUCAAGCGUAUGAACAGAAAAUGAAGGAUUUAACUGAAAAACUUGAGACUGCAUCGAAGGAAAAAGAAGCACUGGAAGAGAGCAUCAUUGUCGCGCAAGAGAAGCUGACGAAAGCUGAAGGAAGCCUCAAGGAUUUAGAGAACCAGUUGACGGCUUUGUCAGAGGAAAAUAUAUCCCUUGAAAGCCACAAUAAGAAGCUACGAAGUGAAUUGCAAAAUGCAGAAGAAGCUCAAGAGGACCUGCGUCGGCAGGUGGAUUUUGCUAAGAAUGACAAGGAACAACUACAGCAAUCUUUGAAACUGACCGAAGAACAACAUACAAAACUUAAUGCCAAGUUAGAGGAUUCACGGCGAGUAAUUCAAGAGUUAGAGAGCAAAACUCAACAACUUUCAAAGGAGUUGAAGGCGGCAAAUGACGAGAAAUCUCUUCAAGAAACGGAGAUUGAAGAGCUCUUUAGAACGCAAGACGAUCUACAAGCUAAAUACAACGAUGAAUUGAGAGAGAAGAAGGAGUUGAACGAUUACAUUGAACGAGUACACGAAGAGUUGGAGGAUCUUCACGUACAAUUCGACGCGCUGUCGAAGGAACACAAGGAUUUAUCAGGAAGAUUAGCUGAAAUACAGUCAGGUCAAUUGUCCACAGAAUCGCUCCAUUACCAGCAGCUUUCUGAGCUACAAGAAAUCAACAGCGGAUUACAGCAGGAUAAUCAAAACUUGAAGGAAACUGUCCACACGCUGAACACGUCUUUUGAAGAAAAAGGGAGCGAACUAACUGAGGCUUUAUGUGAACUCGAAGAAAAUAAAAAAGAAUUGGAAAAACUCAACCCAGAAGUUAGCGCACUGAGAGAAACGCUUGCUUUGAAGGAUAACGAACUUACAGAGUUGAAAUUGCGAUUGAAUGAUUUUAAUCUGGAAAAGGAGACCAUGAGUGAGUCUGUUGGAGAACUUAAUGAGAAGAUACAAAAGCUAAACAGCGAAAAGGAAGCGCUAGCCACAACCAUCGAAAAAUUGAAUAAUACUUUACAGGAGAAAGAUGCCCAGAUAGUAGAGUUAUCAACGAGUCUCGACCAAAACAAGAAUGAGUUGGAAGCUGUUAACGAAAGUUUCCGCAGUGUUUCAGAGAAACUCGGAAGCAAAGAAGAAGAGUUUAAGAAAGCUGUGAAGGCUGUGAAACAGCUAAAGCAGAACUUACAGAAAUCACAAGAAAAAGUAAAGGGAUUAAAUAACGAACUGGAAGAGCGGAAGAAAUGCAGUGAUGGAUUAGCAAAACAAACGGAGGAAUUUGUGGCUCUCAAUUCAAGUUUUGAGGAACUGAACGAAAGCCUUCAGUCGAAGGAGACGGAAAUCAAUGACUGCAGGGAAAAUCUCAGUAGGAAGGAAAAAGAAUUGGAGAAUUUCCAAGAGUUUGUUGACAGUUUGAAUGCAAAACUCGAACAAACCACCAUGGAAUUAGCGGGCUCUAAGGAAUUGAAUGUUACACUUUCUGAAGAGGUGCAAAGUUUGAAAUUGCAGGUAAAAAAUCUCGAAUCGAGUUUGCAGGAUAAAGAGAAGGAUAAAAAUGAAUACGAGCUGAAAUUACAAGAACAUUUACGAGUCGAAGAGGAUUUGAGGUUGAAAGUAAGUUCGUUGGAAGAACAGAUCAUUUCAAACAAAGAGGAGAAAGUGGACGUUGAGAAGACUUGUCAACUGAAUAAUGAAACGAUUGUUGCUCUUAAACAAGAUUUGCAGAUGCAAGAGAAUAAUCUUAUGGAUUUUAACGAAAAAACCGCUUCCAAGGAUAACGAAAUCAGGGCAUUACAGGAGUGCAACGAGAAACUCACGCAAUCCGUUUUGGAAAGGGAACAAGAAAGCGAGAAACUUAGGUCAGAAAAGAAAGAGUUGUGCGAGAAGAUUGAAUUUCUCAACGAAAAUCUUUCCUCAAAGGAGGAGAUUGAGAGAAAGUUAAAGAAAAAGAUGGAUGCAUUUGAAAAGCAAACUGUUGCUGUAGAUAAAGAAUUUCUGCUAAAGGAGGAGGAAUUGCAACAAUUGAAAUCGUUGAUCGAGGAAAAAGAGCAUUGCCUUGCCGAUGUGGAAUCAAAACUGGAAACACAGCUGUUGAAAAUAAGCGAACUUGAAAAUGAACUUAGCGUUAAAAAUGAGGCAAUUGAUCGGAGAGAGGGAGAAAUUCAGAAAUAUCAAAUGGUCAAUGAGGAAAGUACGAGCAAAAUCUUGUCCCUUGAGUCUAGUGUUCAGACAUUGAAUGCAGAACUCGAAGGGAAGGCUUUGGAAAUAAAAAAUCUUCAGGUUCAACUGAGCGAGAAGCAAACUGAAGUCGAGAAGGUGCAAAGCGCCAUUGCGCGUAUGAGCAGCGAGAUGGAAUCUGGAGCUGAAGAGGCGUGUCAGGUUACGAAUAGGAUAGAAGAACUUCAGAAGGAAUUAAAAACCACCGUAGAGGCUCGUGAAACACUAGCGCGCGAGAAUAAGGAAAAAGAUGAUAAGUUGAACAAACUGAAGCAAGUCGCCAUCAAAGCCAAAAAAGAACUGGAGAAUUACAAGAAGCAGUGGAAGGACGAAAAAGACGAACUGACCUCCACAAUAGAAGAUCUGAAAGAAGACGCGCAGACGUUGAACGCCAAGUUUGUUGAGCAACAAGAAGAAACGCUCAAGCAAUCUAACGAAUAUCAGGAACUGCAAACCCAGCUAACUAAAGUUCAAGAGGAACUGGAAACAGAAAAAUCCAAGACGGCUGGAUCAUCCGAUAACAUGACGCAGGUUGUGCAGGAACUGGCUAAUGUUCGCCUAGAGGCCGAAAAACUGUCAGCUGAGAAUGAAAGUUUGAACAAAAAUUAUGAAUCGCUGCUGAAGGUUGUGGAGAGGGAACGUACCGAUUCCAAAGCAGAACAAGAAAAGCUUAACACUCAAAUCCAGGAGUGUCUUAGAGAAGCUGAGUUGUUAAAGACUGAUAGCAGUAAAAGUAAGCAAGAAAUUUCUGACCUCGAAAAGAAGCUCAGUAAUGCCUCUAAGGAGUUGGAACAAGUCAAUAAAGAGAACUCAGAGCUUUUAAAUAAAUUGGAAAAUACUGAUGAAGGUUUAACAGAAGAACGGAGACGGCACGAGGAGACAAAAAAUCAACUGGAAACAACUAAACGACAAUUGGAGGCUGCAGAAAAGGAAGCCAACCAGAGCAGCCUGAUGAGCUUAGAGAUGGAGGACUAUCAGAAAUCCCUGGAAGCGCUGCAGAACAAACUCUCCGAAAAAGAAAAGGCUUUACAAGAUUCACUGGAGGAAGUUUCUCGAGUGGAUAAAAGAGCAGAUGACUUUAAAACUCAGAUCGACAUGGUCGACAAUCAACGGCAACAAGCCGAGGAGAGAGCCCUGAAAAUGAAAGGCAUGCUGGUGAAAACGAAGAAAGAGCUUGCAGAGGCCAAAAAGCAGAUUGUAGAACAAGAGGUGAUUGAGUCACAAUUGAAAGGACAGUUGGAAUCCGCCACUCAGGAGGCAGAGCAAUACAAGGUUGAAUUGUCCUCUCUUACGGCCGAAAGCCAAAGCUACCAAGAGCAACUUCGUUCUUCAACGGAUAGCAACAGGCGAGCUGUGGAAACUUUGGAAGGUAAAUUGUCCAAAGUGAAAGCAGAGUGGGAGAGUUCCAAACUGGCCCACGAAGCCACGCGGGCUGAGUUUGAAAGUUACAAGACUCGUGUUCACAGUGUCCUUAAACAGCAGAAAACCAAACCUGCACCCCAGCCUCCUGAACUUGAGAACUCUGAGAGGACUCGUUUAGAACAAGGCAUUGAACAGUUGAAAAGCAAGUUGCAGGAAGCCAACGACAAAUAUAGUAUGCUCCAAAGCGAAUAUGACGAACUGGAAGGCGAGCACGAGCGACUAACGGCUCGACACAGCAAGUUGAUACAAGAUAUCGAUAACAAAGAGGCCCAUUGGAAAGAUAGGUUUGAACGGCUGAAGUCUGAGCGAAGCAACACAAAUGAGGAGCAUUUGGCUGCGAUAAGACACAUGACCCUCCAGAACGAGUCUGUCGCCGCCACAUUCAAGGAAAAACUUGAAGUUAUCGAAGGAGAACAUCGAGCCCAGUUAGCAAGCGUGCAGCAGAAAUUGACUGAAGCUGAGAGCAAGUUAAGCAGGUUACAACAGGAAAAACAACAACAGUCCCAGCAGUCAAUUGUGAGGUCUCGCUCACCACCAGACCUCGCGCUGCAAAGGGCAACGGAGGAGCGGCGGCCUGGGGAGGGCAUGGACCAGAGUGAGUUGGCAGAAACCGACUCAGCGCCAAGGGUCAAUUCUACUCCUACCACUCCAGUGACACCGACCAUCGCCUCAACUCUUGAGAAGAUCCUUUCUCCAACGUCUCCGACUACUCCUACUUCUCCAAGAGAUGAAGCACUGAGAGGUCCUCCCCUGGACGAAAAUCUGCUACUCUCGAACAUUGCAACUGCCAACAAGAAAGUGGAACAUCUGACCGAGUUAUUGCGUGAGAGUGAAGCGAAUUCCAUGAGACUGUCAGAGCAGGCGAAGGUGUUAAAGGAAGAGAUAAGAAGACUCGAAAGAAACCAAGAGCGAGAGAAAGAGUCUGCAAACUUAGAGUAUAUGAAGAAUGUCAUAUUACAGUUCCUUAAGUGUCGUCCGAAUGAACGGGAACACUUAGUUCCAGUCCUCACCACCAUGUUGAAGCUCAGUCAGGACGAGAAGGAAUUGAUAGUUCAACUCGCGCGAGGAGCUGAAAAUGAACCUGGCGAGGAAGGAGGAGGUUGGAGCAGUUACGUCUACCGCUGGACAUCUUUUACGUAACAAAAUUGUACUGAGGGUGAGAGUAACCAGAGGAUGAAAUACUUAAAGCUGUGUUAAGAAAUUGUUACCCGCAAUUUAAGGGUAUGUCGUUUUAUGAAGAAAACAAAAAAAAUCCUUAUAGCUCUGAAAAUAGUAUUUCGGAUUUGAAUGAAAUGAGAAUAUAGGAGAGGUAGAAAAGGUGUGGUUUUCUUUCAAUCAGAGCAGUCCUUUGCGUUGGUAUACCGUGCACAUAGUAUUUGUUUUCAAUUUCUGUUUUUCUAGCCUUCUUGUCUUAUUGAUUGACAUGAAAGAAAAGAAAAGAAAACAUGCGCUGGCAACGCAGCCAAUCGGAUGCAAGUGAAAAACCAAUCAGAUAAUGAUCACGUGAUGUACCUUUCCUCGGUUUUUGUUGCAAAGAUAUACGGUAGAUCACGUAAAAGCAAUGAACAGAGCUUUAUUUUCAUGAAAAAUUCUAUCUCGGCUUCUAUUAAAUGUAAUUGCGCCGAGAGAUUCUUUAUUUGAUUAAGAUGAUAAAGAUGAUAAAUUCAUUAAGGCGUGAAUAAUGUAACCAUAUUUUUACAAAUUAAAUGCAACAGUUUGAACGAGGUCGUGAAAACAAGAUAAAGCGUGUAAAGAUCGGGAAAUAUUAUUCUGAUUUAACUCAAGAUCGUAAGGCAUUCAUUAGUCAUAAUUUUCCUUCCUUGUUAAGGAAUUCAGGAUGUCUCCUUCCGGUGCAUGUAUUUAUUGACACGAGAUAAAUUUUUUGACAAAAAUGAGUCAAAUAUUUCAUAGAAGAAAUAAGUAACUUUGAUACUAUCUCGCCACGGCCGAGAUUUCAGUUUAUUCUUCUUAACAAAGUUUUUGGAUCCGUGUACCUUUUCAUAUUAUUAUGGCUGACAGAAAAGUUGAAAUAGAAUGGUAGAUGAAGCGCAACUCAAAGCUAUUUUUCCAGAAAACUUGUUAAUUUUAUCACUGAGGUUUUUCCCCUAUUCCUACACUCAGAUUAUUUGUUUGAUUGCAUUUAUAUAAUUUAGAAUAUUAACCGACGCAAAGUAGAGUUGAAGUUUCCUCUGCUUCAGUUCAAUUCUGGAUACUACGUCACAAAUGUUAUUUAUAAUUGUAAAUAACAAUGUGAAAUAUUAAAAAAAUUUAAAUUUUAAUUGUGGAUGGUACAUCAAUUAAUAUCAAUUACAAAAUGAAUUUCGAUUAAAAUGCAAAAUUUUUCGGUGUCGACCAUCGAUGUUAUUUAUUGUCAAAUGAUAUAAUGUAGAGACUAGUUUGGUAAAUAAAG